AUGAUGUCGGGGGAUGCACGGGUGGAGGAGGUGGAAACGGAGGACGAAGAUUCGGAUACCCAAGGUGUCGGCCUGGCCGCGCCUGCACGCCGUCCGAACCGCGUUGUGAGCGACAGUUUGCGUUUCACAGGCGUUGACCUAGGCGAUCGAUCAAACUCAUACGUUCGAAGCUCUUAUAGAUACGGAGAUUCGGAAGAUGAUUUAUCGGCGAGUGCGACGGAGGAUGAUGACGAGGACGCCGAUUCUGGAGAAUCAGUGCAAUUGGUGGUCAGCAGUAAAGAGCAGGCUCUUAUCGACUCGGCCAUGAAGCGCAUAAAGCGUGCUCAAGCCAAGGGAAAGAUAGACGUGAAGCUUAAUAAGGAAGAGCUGGCGGCGCUGGAACGGCAACGCAAACGAGAGGAGAUGGAGCGACAGCUGCGACGCAACUCGGGAAGCAGCAGUGAACAUAAAAAGAAGAAGAAGAAGUCGCCCAAGGACGAGAGGGUUGCAGUCCCUCUUUCACAAUUGGAGCCGUCGUCGCGCAAAAAGAAGUCGUCUUCGCACUCGCGUAGACAAUCGCUUAAUGCGCGGGGAUCCGGGCGCUCUCGAGAGGACUCGCCCAACGAGCUGGUGUACCCGCCAAUGGGCUACUUCCCGCCGCCGUCAACAACGGGAAGACCAAGAUCGGGCACCACCGGCCAACGGACAUCGGGCCGACAGCAUGGUGAUGCGCCUCCGGUGUCGUUCCAUUAUCAAGAGCGGCGGCCAACAGCUCAACGGCACGCGUCAGACCCUCACACUGCUGGGCUGCCGCCACAGGAACAGUGGAUGCAGCACCCUGCUCAACUGAACCCAUUCAAGUACCAAACCUCGGGAGCUCAGUACUCCGAGGUUGGCUCGGUGAGUUCAAGAAGGCACGCAUCUGGCCCGUCUGAAGUGGCGUACGUCCGCGGAGGCACAACCAUUAUACCCUCCAAGAGUCGCCGCGGCUCACGGCGCCAGAGCCAGCACCGUGAGCCAGAGCCCAGCGAUACCAGCGAUGAGCAGACAAGCAGCGAUGAUCUUGGCAACGGAGCCCAAAUACGGGAGCCAGUCCGAGGCAGAGAUCGAGAGAUUAUCGUCGAGGUGUCGCCAGAGCGUCGUUCCCCAGUUCCAACAAAAAAGAAGUCGUCCUCACCAACAAAGCGGAAACCAGUCCCUACAAUCAGCGGGAGGAGAAAAAAGAAGUAG